ACGGGAGCCGCUGCCGAGCGGUGGAAGGACAAGGUAAAAAGGAUUUGGAGGAAAAAGUAUCUUACUGGCUCUGGGUGUUUGGAAAGGCUGCCUGCACAGAACAUCCUUACCUAUAUCAUACUAGCUCUGCAGUUUGAAAACAGCAAAAGUAGAUGUUCACCAUUGGGAAGUAGAACACUUUAUUUUGAUACCCAUGCCUUUGUAUGCCUCUUGGAAGAAAAUGGAUUCACCACACAGCAGUCUGAAAUCAUUGUGUCUGCUAUAAUGAACAUCAUGAAAAACAAUAUGGAUAUGAUACACAAAGACAUGGUCACCAAAAUGCAACAGGAAAUUGCUGUUCAGCAGAUAAUGUCUCACAUUGGUGGUGUAAAAAAGGAUAUGAUUAUUUUGGAAAAGAGUGAAUUUUCAGCACUCCGAUCAGAAAAUGAGAAAAUAAAACUUGAACUUCAGCAGCUAAAAAAGCAAGUAACAGAUGAAACUUCUAAAGUGCGAACAGAUAGCAAGUUAGAUUUCAAUCUAGAAAAAAGCAGAGUAAAAGAAUUGUAUUCACUUAAUGAUAGGAAAGUAUUGAAAAUGAGAACAGAAAUAGUGGAAUUGCAUGCCCAGCAAGAUCGAGCUUUAACACAGACUUAUAGGAAAAUAGAUACUGAAGUUGCAGGUCUGAAAACAAUGCUUGAAUCACACAAACUUGACAAUAUCAAAUAUUUAGCUGGUUCAGUAUUUACAUGCCUUACCGUAGCACUCGGAUUUUACCGUUUAUGGAUAUAAUGGAACUUUAUUUUCAAGGAUCUUGUAUUAGCUUGCCAUAUGACAUGUUAUUUCCAUCUGAAAUAAUGAUUUUUUUCAGAAAGAGUACAUUUUAUUUAUUUGUUGCACUGAAGAAUAUAAUCAAAGAAUUACAUA